GAAGAGUUCACGACACCAGGGGUUUAUGAGUGGACAAUAUGAAAACAAAAUUUUCAUGCAGAAAUAGAAAUAUCUUUUACAACUAGCAUCGCAUCCGUACUAGUUAGAGUAGAUCUACUGGAACCAUGUUGAGCUUGAGCCUGAGCAUGGUGGAUUCACAUUCAACACUUCUUGUAGCUACAGCCUAUUCUUCAAGUAGCUGAUAUAGUUUCAUCUCGUCCCGAUCAUCUGAUUGUGAAUGAUCAACAGCAUCCGGCUCUUUCAUUUUUUGCAACGAGAACCCGAAGAACCGCUGCUGGUAUUUUCAGCUUUUGAGCGGAGUAACAGGGGUAAGGGCAGAUCCUAUGCUGCACCUGUUGCAAAACCUUCUUGGCAGGAGACAUUGAGGAACGCAGCCGAAGAUGAAUUCUUUCGAGUUCCCGUGACGAAGAAAAAUAGAACGAGGUGUACUAGAGAUGCAAGCGUGCCAGAAGGAGGACGAGGAAGAGCAAGUCGUAGUAGAUCUUCAGUGUCGCCUUCACGACGAGGAGGAGAGUCGCUGGGAGGAGGGUCAACGUCACGUAGACUAUUAGUUCGUCGUACUCCCACGCGGACACAGUUGACGCUUUCCUUCCAGGAUAAUGACGUGCGGCACCCGAUUGCGGUUGUGCUUCGUGAUUUUCUUAGCAUGUGUGAUCUUUUUGCUGUGGCGCAAGAAGCAGUAUCAAUCGACCUGUCCGGAAACCGAAAUAUCGGCACAGGCGAUGUGGCUCGCCUAAUGCGAGAUAUAGUGGCUCU